UUUUUUUUUUUUUACAGUGGCUUCCUUUUUUCACAAUUCCCAUCUGGGAUUUCUGUGGGUUCGGCGUUCGGUGGUUUUGAAUUGAACGAGUAAAACCCCACCAAGAACUUGGCAGAGCAGAACAAAACUGACGCCACCACCGCCAUUCUCACACGCAUUGCAUUCUUCAUUCCUCCUCUUUUGUCCUCCUCUUCCCUCUUCUCCGUCAGAGACCCUGAUCUCCGCCACCCAAGUUGGAAUCUUGCUUCCCAUAAGAAGAAAGCUUUGUGGGUGUAGUGCAGGGGAUAGAGAGAGACCGUCCAUCACGUGGUUCCUGAUAGUGGUACUUGUGUUUUCUUAGUUUGAAGGGGAAUCUUCAGGCGAGGUCGCCAUCUGACAGAAAAUUUCUCUGUUUAGUUUUCUGAGUCUCGUUCUUCUGUAAAAUUUCCGAGAAGCUUUGCCACCACAAUCUUUUUUUUCCCGGAAUUGACAAGGGGGACUGAGGAUGAAAGAUUUCCCUUCUUGUUUCGGCGAAAAUGGGGUUCAAGUUGCAGACUUCUCGUCGUCUUCUUCGUCGUCCUCAUCGUCCGGGGGGAGGCAGACGGCGCAAAAUUCCGUUACAUGCUUGUAUCAGAGUUUGAUCCACGGCCGUCCUUGCUUGAUCACGGUUACAUGGAGCAAGAGCCUGAUGGGGCAGAGCAUGACCAUGGUGAUAGAUGACGCUACAUUCUGCAAGGUUGAGGUCAAGCCUUGGCUCUUCGCCAAGAGGAAGGGCUGCAGGGCCAUCGACAUCAAUGGGUGCGACAAGGUAGAGGUAUAUUGGGACCUGUUCUCUGCGAGGUACGGUUCCGGGCCCGAGCCUCUGGAUGGCUACUACAUCGCUCUGGUCGUGGAUCGCGAGAUGGUUCUCCUGCUCGGAGAUUUGCGCAAGGAGGCAUUCAGGAAGACGAACUCGAGCUCGCUUGGUUCGAGCUCCGUGUUCUUAGCGAAGAGGGAGCACAUUUUGAGCAGGAGCGUCUACUGCACCAAGGCUCGAUUCCGCGACAAUGGAAGGAUUCAUGAUAUAGCCAUCGAAUGCGAGACGGCGGGGCUCGUGGAGCCGCGCUUGUCAGUCCGAAUCGAUGAGAAGAUGGUUCUGCAGGUGAAAAGGCUGGCUUGGAAGUUCCGGGGGAAUCAGACUGUGUUGGUCGAUGGACUGCCUGUUGAGAUCUUCUGGGAUGUCCACAAUUGGCUCUUUGGGCAUGUGAUCGGCAGUGCAGUCUUCAUGUUUCGGACCGCCAUGUCCGUGGAGUUGUCUUCUAACGAUAGCUUCUCUGAUCUUUCUCCUGUGUCCCGAUGGCAGACAUUGAAAGAAAGAAAGCCGCAGGCCUCCUUAGGAUUCUCGCUUAUUCUGUAUGCUUGGAAGAAUGAGUAAGCUUCCUAUCGAUGGAGGGAUGAUCUAUUACAUGUCUUACUCAGCCCAUUCCAUCAUCUUCUGAUAUGAUGCUUACGGGAUCUUUCAGUGAGCGUUUGUUAGUUGAUUCAUUUUCCUGCUCUGGUUAAUUGUACAUUCUUUGUAGGCAACUGCCAUUCGGUUGACUCGUGAAGAUCGAUGAAUUGUUCGCGAGUCGACCCAGUAAGAUAUAGGCAACAGAUUUUCUCUGACAAAUUUAUUGAGAUUCUUCUUUUGUU